AUGGGUGCUAGUGAAGAGAAGUCUGUACUGGACGCGCAUCUACUCAAUGGGCUUGAUAAAUUGUCUGUUCGACAUGGAGACGGUAUUGAAAUGGUAAAUGUGACAGAAAACUUGAGAGAGCUAUGCAAGCGAUUGAAUGCACAAUCUAUAAUCAAAGUCCACUCGUCUGAUUUAUUUCAGGGGACGCAUGCUUUGGAGGUCAACAAUCCAAAGUUGGACUCCCAUCUGAUAGUACUCUCUGAGGAGGAACUGUCCCUUUCUUGCGACUGUGCCCACGGCGCGAAUGAUGUAGAGAGAUUGCAAUAUGUCACAUCCAUCGCAGAUAGAUUACUCAGAUCCGUAAUUACAUGGUUAAAUGAGUACCAAAGUUUACCAGCGACGUUACUGAGUUGUCGAUACGUUGAGGAGUUUUUGAUCCGCAAUUCGCAGAGGGAUAAAGCGCUUUUCAAGUUUAACACGGACUGCAUUUAUUACGAUCAAAUUCUGACAAAUAUCAUUGCAGCUAUCUGCUAUUUUGCCGCUUUUGUGAAAAGUUUGCUGCUUAGGGCUGUGAUCUUCGAGGAGGAGGAUUUGAACUUUAACUCAAUGGGGUUACAAUCGUUCGAUAUUAUGCCUCCGCAAAAACUCAUACUUUCUGAAUUACAGAAAAGUUUGGAUCUUAUUUCUGAUGAUAGUAGUCCUAUGGCUGUCCAUUUGGGGCAUAUAUUAAAGGCGGUUCGGUGCCUAGUUCACAUCGAAGAUGUACUUACAGUAUACUCAACAAGCACGGCGUAUUUGGACGAACUAAUUGAGCUUGCUCGUUCACUGCAGAGCCAUACUUUGAAGCUAGAACCACCCGCAGGGUCUUUUUCGAUGGGUAUCCAAAAGAGACGUUCCAACCAAUUCCCGCCCAAAAAUAUCGUUGAACCGGACAACAACUAUCUUGGGUUUAUCCAUAUGGCCAAUAGCAUCAAAACCGUUUUAAGAGUCUCAGAGGCAGAUACUGCCGUGGAGACCUUCCAGUUUGCGUACUUCUUUAAUAAACUGAAACAGCAACAUGUUCUCGCGAGAGCCAUCUUCCCAUUGUUUCUAGUACGCGAUAACCAGAACAUCCUAGGGAGAUAUUCGAUAGAGGAUUUCCUGUUUUCGCAUCUCAUGGAAUACUCUUUGAUGGGGACACAAGUUUCCGAAAAGAUGCAGAGUUCACCGGAAGUCUUCCAAGUCCUGACUCCAGCAUUGAAAGAAUGUGCUAACGCCUUAUUCGAUUGGUACCAAAACGCAUCUCAAAACACGGCAAGGUAUAGGCAGGGUUAUAAUAGACAACUGAUCGUAUGGGAUUCUGUUCAAGCUCAACUGGAAACCGCGGAACUUAAUUUCAUCUCUGCAGAGAUACACGAUGAAGUCAUUAGUGGCUCUGAUACGGUAGCUACUCCGCUGAUGCCAUAUGCCUCGUGGGUAUUCACUUUAAAAGUAAUGGUGAUGAUUGAAUUUACGUUGAAGGGGUUCGACUUGGACGUGUAUAAACCAUAUGAGGGUUACGAUAUGUUCUGGUACGUUUCCUAUUUGGCUUUCCACCUUGACUCUUGCUUGAUAAAAAUCCACUGUUUCAUAAUGAAUAGAAUAGAUCGUAUCCAUGCCAUGAACAAGAAGAUGAAGAAAAUGAAGGCGGGCCCCAAGAAGAGCAAACUGAAGGAAGACUACCAGGAACUGAUGUCCACAGAGAUGGGCCAAUUACAAACGAACAAACAGUAUCUGAAUUAUCUGAUCGCACACACCAAAAUACACAGAUCCCUGAGUAUGUUCCAAACUUUACAAUUUGCAUUAUUGAAGUCGCACGGCGUAAUUGAUAACAAGCCGCCCAUGCUGAACCAGUUUGCGAACGCGGAACUGAUACACAGCUUAAGAUUUAAACCCUUUUCAUCCAUCGGUGUACCUGAACUACCAAGCUACGCGGAGUUUGAAUCCACGAUUAACAGGUUCGUGGUUGAUGGGGAACCUGGUUCUGCAAAUUUCGUCGCUGAAGUAGAGACAAACAUGAUUUUGAUGGAGAAAGAGAGUGCCACCGCUGAAGAGGCCGCUAAAGGGAUAAUAAGGGCCAUUGAAGCGAAUGACAAAAACGGGGAAAUGUUCACGGGGACGAAACUGGUGAAACAAGAAUCCCUGGAGUAUUUCGGCGAGCUGUUGAAUUCAGCGCACGCAAUGAACAUUAACGCCAAGGACAACCUCAAGAAAUUGAAGGUGGAUCCAUCCGCAGCCGCGAAAAGGUUUGCUGUCACGCUUAAGCACCAAAGUGGCAUGUCCUCCUUCUACCCACUAUUUACAGUGGUCGAAAAGAAGAGCCGCCGUACCUCUUGUAACUAA